AUGACAGACUCCUCCACGACAGAAAUAGCCAUUACGGUUAAUGAAAAUGCAAACCCCGUUGACGCAAAUGGAAAAGAAUGGACAAUGGAAGAAUGGCAAGAAUAUCAGGAAAUGCACCGAAUUUAUCACGAGAUACUAGACAACCACGCCUCUAAGCAAGAGUAUCAUAAUAACUGGGCAUGCGCUCAUUGUUAUCCAGUAACAUCAAAAAGACUACUUCAGCAAUCAGAGAAUUUCAGAUGGUUUAAAAUACCCGCUAAGAUGCUUAAAUUAAACGUAACGCAGAAUGCUGUGACAUAUCUGGAUGGAAUUGAUUGGAACGAUGAUCUUACUAAUAGGCGCACAAAGGCAUAUCGAUUAUUAAUUCUGUGCGGAUUUAUCCAAUAUCCAACGAAUUGGGUAACGGCGGUAGAUGUUACACUAUACGCCUUACAACACAAACAACCCUACCCUAAUUUCAAAAGCGAAUAUUUACCUACAAUUUCGAGAGACAAAAAGACCGAGAUGUAUACUGAUGCGAUUGAGCGAGUAUGUCAGAAAAAUCCGCAGCAUCUUAAGACAAAAUACCGACCUAAGAAAAGAAACAUUACUCCACCACCAUUAACGACUUCCGAACCAACAUCUCCAUUUUCUGGGCAAAGGCCAACAAUUAGAGAAGAAGCUGAACAGGAAUAUUUCGGAGAAUCCUCUAGAAAUACACUAGUAACAGGCAUUACCAACCCUUUUAGUGAGGCAGUGAGGUCAGCCGAUGCUAGAUUCCAAUUGUUGCUACGAUACCAUCAAAUGUCGCCUGAAGAGUUACACGAAAAAGAGCGAACAGUCAGAAAAUUGCAGCAAAAUCGGAGAAACGUUGUACAAAAUCGAUGUACACAAUAUUGGCUAUCGAUGGGACGGAAUAUGAUUAUUAUCCGAAUUUGGUAUCUAUGGUAUGGAGUAAUUAGUGCUGAAACGUUUCGAGCCGAUGAAAAGCAGAAAAUCAUCACUGCAUUAGCUCCUCGAUUUAUGGGACCAAAACAGGCUAGAAAAAUUAACGCAUUAUUACGACAAUUGCAACUGUAUGGAACUCUCGAAAAAUGCCUAAACUCGUAUGACCAAAUAAUUAGGCAAGCACAAGUAGCACUUGGGGCCAAUAAACAUAUUACGUAUACUAGGGGACGUAACGUAAUAUCUCGUAUACAACGACACGUCCAAAUGAAACGAAUGCUAUACAGAAUUAGUAGUCUAAAGAUCACUCUGAUAAUAACCAAUCAUGGAAACAAAAGAUUCACGAUUAAUGAGACGAACGAUUGCGCUUUCCGGAUACAGCAAGACCUCGAAUAUUUUGAAUCAAUACCGAUCAAGGAAUUGACUAAAAAUCAAGCGUUACAAAUACAACCAAUACUGAAUUGUUUAGAUUGGCUAAAAAUUCCACUCCAAGGCCAACAGUGGCAGCAAUUAUUGAGAUGGGUUGAUGAGCUACUUUCUCCGCUGGAAGAAAAACAGAUAAAUACACCCUUCCCCCCACUUGAUGAGGACGUCGAAGGGACAAAUUCUUCUGAAGAAAAAGAAGAUAGUUCUGAAAAGAUCGUAUUAUUAAUUGAUCAAGAAAUCGGAUCUUCAAAUACUCAAAAAAUCGAAACAUUAACUCCUAUUAUCCAACCGGUAAAGCUACCUAAAGAAAUCGUUCAGAAGCCUCAGAUGGACGCUGAAGAUUUGACAAAAAUUCUUGGUGCCGUUAAAGACGCUUUCGAGAAUAUCCAUGCACCUAACCGGAGAAUCGACGAAUAUCAAAUACCAUUUGUGCCUGGUAGAGAUGACCCAUUAGCCUAUCUUGAACUAUUGGACGCCCGAUUCCGCUUCAAUGGUGUAAAGACGUUCGAUCAAAAGAAAGACAUUCUUCUUGGAGUAUUUCAAGGGCAAAUGAAAGAUUGGUUGGAAAAACAAACUGGAACUAAUGCGUUCGGCGAACAGAUUACUAAUUGGGAUGAUAAGACGGAUAACGUGCUGGAAGGAUCUUCUUUCAAAAGACAAUUUUUGGAGAAAUUUAUGACGCCACUUCUCCAACGAAAAAUGCGACAGCAAUUGAAAAAUCUCACGCUUAAUCCGAGCGAAACAGUAGACGCAUUUGUUAGCAGAAUUCGUCGACUACAUAAAAGCCUUGGGAUACAGCCAUCUGAAUAUGAACUGGUCCACAUAUUGUUAGAAGGACUACCAGCGGAAAUGCAAAUAGCUAUAUUGCAAAAUGGUCAGCCCAGUGACCUAAAAGAUGCAAUCGAAAAAGCGCAGAACGCGGAAGUAGUAUGGAAUAUGAGGACACAAAUGGAAAAACCAGCUCUUAACGUGACAGUAGUCGAAACACUAGAAUCACUGGCUAAGAAAUUAGCAGCCGUGGAAACAAAGUUAAUUAAACCAGCCGAAGAAAAAGUAGUAUAUGUUACUCAGAAUGAACAUCCGAAAUAUCAGCCCAAUAAAUACCCGAAAAAGGAUCAAUCAAACAAGCCGUUCAAAUGCUAUAGGUGUGGAUUAGAAGGACAUAUGGCCAGAAAUUGUAACAACGCGUGCAAAAAUUGCAAAAAAGAGAAAGGACAUGAGAAAAAUUGUCCACAGAAGAGGAAAAUAUACGAGGAUGACAAAGGUCACUCGGGAACAGUCUUAGAAAUUUUGGCAGAAAUAGGCAACAUAGAACGAAAAGUAAUCCUCGAUACCGGUGCAGAAAUCAAUGUUAUUGCGAGUCAUAUAGUACAGCUCAACGGAUGGAAAGAACGAAUUAGAAAAAAUACAGAGAAGUUUGUAGGUAUAAGAGGCAUACCUACAGAUGUGGAUGGAGAGAUAACUUUAUCAGUACAUAUCACGAACAGAACAGUGCAAGAAACGUUUGUAGUUAUACCAGUACGACACAUAGUAGCCAUAUUGGGUACCGGCUUUAUGUUAAAACACGGAAAGCAACAGUACUAUUGGAAAAAACACGAGAAAUUAUACAGAGAGUAUUGUAAUAAGUCAGGAAAGUUUGGAGACUUUCUACGCGCUUUUAUAUUCACUACUGAAGGAAGAAGAAUAUUCCAUGGUAAAGAAUAUAUAGUAACGGAUAAUCCAGUCAUUCAGUGGAUACAAGAGGAUAUCAGGAAGCUAUAUGAAGAUCCCAUAGCACAGGCAAAAACGUUAGAAGAAGAGGCUAAAAGAAAAUGGAUAAAAUACUAUACCAAAUGGAAAAAUU